AUGAGAUCGCUCAGCGGGGGUUCCUGGACUGUGAUCACGGUAAAUCUGCACCUCUGCACCGACGCGUUUUCAUUGAAAGUGUACGACAUCUUCGCGCAGAUCCAUGAAACCCUGGGCCAGCCCCCGGUGGUGCUGUUCGAUUACCGACCGAUCUACCGGCCGGUGCUGGUGAUCGCCAGCCACGAGGUGGCCGAGCAGAUCUCACGGCCCAGCAAGCAGUUCCGCUUCAGCGUGCCGAAGCUGGAGCUGGGCUUUCUCGAGCCCGUCAUCGGCCACACCUCCAUUCUCGCCGCCGAGGGCGAGGCGUGGAAGGCGCUGCGCAAGACCUUCAACCCCUGGUUCUCCCCGCAGAACCUGCAGGCCCCGGUGCCCACCAUCGUGGAGCAGACGCGGGGGUUCAUCACGCAGCUCGACGCCCUCGCCGGCUCCGGGGCGCCCGCCCCCCUGGUCACCCUCACCACGAACCUGAUGUACGAGAUCAUCGGCGCCGCCCUCCUCGACGAGGACCUCGGCGCCCAGCACCUGGACCCGCGCCACCGGAGCCCGCUGGUGCGCGCCUUCAACCAUCUCAUCCACGCCUGCUGGGACGACCAGAUCCACCUCCCCUGGUUCUUCCACCCGGUCAACGCCCUGCGGCGCCUGCGUCCAGCGCCUCCUGCAAUCCCACGUCCGGCGCAAGCACGCCGAGCUCCGGAGCGGUGGGUGGGCGUCGACGAUGACCACGCCCUCGACCAGGACCAGGACCAGGACCAGAGUCAGGACCACGGAAACAACAAAGCGAUCCCUCCGAGCGCAUGGCGGCCGUACGAGCGCGGGCCCCGCGCCUCCAUCGGGCAGGAGUUCGCCCGCCUCGUGAUGCGCGUCAUCCUGGCUGUCGUGGGGCGGCGGUAUGUGUUCACCAACGUCGGGCUGGGGGCGGUGGUGCGCGCGAGGCGGCGACGGGCCGGCCCGUCUUGCGGCCGGAUGGGCAGGCGGAGGUGGAGGGGGUGGUUUAUACGGUGA